AAUAUAUUGGAUGCUGGGAUCCUUGGCGCAGGCCCAGGAAUCCUCAGAAUGUGAGGUUUCUCUCAAAGGCAUCUUGCAUCAGCCUGUGGAUGUAUGCCUACCACGGGGCUCCUUCACCGGCAAAGUGGGAAAGAAGUGGUUCACAGCGAAUUCUUCUUUUGGGGUUGGGGGACCACACUGGACUAGAACCGUUUUCUUCUUUUCAAAACUGGGCGUCCCUGGAUGGAAGGAAAUCUACAAGUGGCCUGACAUUCGAUGCUCUAGAAAAUUCUGAGGCUUGUUGCUUGAAUUCUUUUAAAGCUGAAAUAAUUGAAGAGGAGCAGAGGCCUUCUGUUUGGGAGGAUUCUGUCCUACAGAGAAUGUUCUGCACCCAUUGACACUCCAGAUCCAACUCCAUCUUCUGAAAUGAUCCCGACUCCCAGAAUGCCCCUGGUGCUGCUCCUGCUCUUGCCCAUCCUGGGUUCCGCAAAAGCUCAGGUUAAUCCAGCCAUAUGUCGCUAUCCUCUGGGGAUGUCAGGAGGCCACAUUCCAGAUGAGGACAUCACAGCGUCGAGUCAGUGGUCAGAAUCCACGGCUGCCAGAUAUGGGAGGCUUGACUCUGAAGAAGGAGAUGGAGCCUGGUGCCCUGAGAUUCCAGUGCGACCCGAUGAUCUGAAAGAAUUUCUGCAGAUUGACCUACGUACCCUACACUUUAUCACUCUUGUGGGGACCCAGGGACGCCAUGCGGGGGGUCAUGGCAUUGAAUUUGCACCCAUGUACAAGAUCAACUACAGUCGAGAUGGCACUCGCUGGAUCUCCUGGCGUAAUCGGCAUGGGAAGCAGGUGCUAGAUGGCAACAGCAACCCUUAUGAUGUUUUCCUGAAGGACUUGGAGCCACCCAUUGUAGCCAGAUUUGUUCGCCUCAUCCCAGUCACUGACCACUCCAUGAACGUGUGCAUGAGGGUUGAGCUUUAUGGUUGUGUCUGGCUAGAUGGCUUGGUGUCUUACAAUGCUCCAGCUGGACAGCAGUUUGUACUCCCUGGAGGCUCCAUCAUUUAUCUGAAUGAUUCUGUCUAUGAUGGAGCUGUUGGGUACAGCAUGACUGAAGGACUAGGCCAGUUAACCGAUGGGGUAUCUGGCCUGGAUGAUUUUACCCAGACCCAUGAAUACCAUGUGUGGCCCGGCUAUGACUAUGUGGGUUGGCGGAAUGAGAGUGCUACCAAUGGCUACAUCGAGAUCAUGUUUGAAUUUGACCGAAUCAGGAAUUUUACUACUAUGAAGGUCCACUGCAACAAUAUGUUUGCUAAAGGUGUGAAGAUCUUUAAGGAGGUCCAGUGCUACUUCCGCUCUGAAGCCAGUGAGUGGGAACCCACUGCCGUCUCCUUUCCCCUGGUCCUGGAUGAUGUGAACCCCAGUGCUCGGUUUGUCACAGUGCCCCUCCACCACCGAAUGGCUAGUGCCAUCAAAUGCCAGUACCAUUUUGCUGACACAUGGAUGAUGUUCAGCGAGAUCACUUUCCAGUCAGAUGCUGCGAUGUAUAACAACUCUGGAGCCCUGCCCACCUCUCCUAUGGCACCCACAACCUAUGAUCCCAUGCUUAAAGUUGAUGAUAGCAACACUCGGAUCCUGAUUGGCUGCUUGGUUGCCAUCAUCUUCAUCCUGCUGGCUAUCAUCGUCAUCAUCCUGUGGAGGCAGUUCUGGCAGAAGAUGCUAGAAAAGGCUUCCAGGAGGAUGCUGGAUGAUGAAAUGACAGUCAGCCUUUCCCUGCCCAGCGAGUCCAGCAUGUUCAAUAACAACCGCUCCUCAUCACCAAGUGAGCAGGAGUCCAACUCGACUUAUGAUCGAAUCUUUCCCCUUCGUCCUGACUACCAGGAGCCAUCCAGACUCAUCCGAAAGCUCCCAGAAUUUGCUCCAGGGGAAGAGGAGUCAGGCUGCAGUGGUGUUGUGAAGCCGGCCCAACCCAAUGGACCUGAGGGCGUGCCCCACUAUGCGGAAGCCGACAUAGUGAACCUCCAGGGAGUGACAGGCGGCAACACCUACUCAGUGCCUGCUGUCACCAUGGACCUGCUCUCAGGAAAAGAUGUGGCCGUGGAAGAGUUCCCCAGGAAACUGUUGACUUUCAAGGAGAAGCUGGGAGAAGGCCAGUUUGGGGAGGUUCACCUCUGUGAAGUGGAGGGAAUGGAAAAAUUCAAAGACAAAGAUUUUGCCCUAGAUGUCAGUGGCAACCAGCCUGUCCUGGUGGCUGUGAAGAUGCUCCGAGCAGAUGCCAACAAGAAUGCCAGGAAUGAUUUUCUUAAGGAGAUAAAGAUCAUGUCUCGGCUCAAGGACCCAAACAUCAUCCGUCUCUUAGCUGUGUGUAUCACUGAUGACCCGCUCUGCAUGAUCACGGAAUACAUGGAAAAUGGAGAUCUCAAUCAGUUUCUUUCCCGCCAUGAGCCUCUGAGUUCUUGUUCUAGCAAUGCCACAGUCAGUUACGCCAACCUGAAGUUUAUGGCUACCCAGAUUGCCUCUGGUAUGAAAUAUCUCUCAUCCCUUAACUUUGUCCACCGAGACCUGGCCACACGAAACUGCCUAGUGGGCAAGAACUACACCAUUAAGAUAGCAGAUUUUGGAAUGAGCAGAAACCUGUACAGUGGUGACUACUACCGGAUCCAGGGCCGGGCAGUGCUUCCCAUCCGCUGGAUGUCCUGGGAAAGCAUCUUGCUGGGUAAAUUCACCACAGCAAGCGAUGUGUGGGCCUUCGGGGUGACUCUGUGGGAGACUUUCACCUUUUGCCAGGAGCAGCCCUACUCCCAGUUGUCAGAUGAGCAGGUUAUUGAGAAUACUGGAGAGUUCUUCCGAGACCAAGGGAGGCAGACUUAUCUCCCUCAACCAGCCAUUUGCCCCGACUCUGUGUAUAAGCUGAUGCUCAGCUGUUGGAGAAGAGAUACCAAGCACAGACCAUCAUUCCAAGAAAUACACCUUCUGCUUCUUCAACAAGGGGAUGAGUGAUGCCAUCCACGCCUGCCGAUGUUCCUGUGGCCCAGGUCCUCCUCACAAGACCUACCGCUAACCCACAUCUAAGCCACUCCAUCUGGACAUUUAAUGGACUCGAGAGACAGGGAAUUGUUCACUUUGCUCUCUUACUGUCUCUUGUCUUCUCUGGUACACUUCCCUACUCCCUACCACUGACUCAUAUAUACUUUUUUUUUGUACUGAAAUAACUAAAAGAGAAAAAAAUAGAGCAGAUAAAGUUUAGUAAAAAUAUUACUUGAUAUACCAAAGGGUUAGAUCAUAAAGGCUAGAAACUCAGAUAAUUUAUAAAGGUUAUGCUUAUGUUUAUAAGUGUGUAGAUCCUACAAUAUUUUUCCAUGUCUUUUUUUUUUUUUUUUUUUUUGGUUUUUUUCGAGACAGGGUUUCUCUGUGUAGCUUUGCGCCUUUCCUGGGACUCACUUGGUAGCCCAGGCUGGCCUCGAACUCACAGAGAUCUGCCUGGCUCUGCCUCCCGAGUGCUGGGAUUAAAGGCGUGCGCCACCACCGCCCGGCCCAUGUCUCUUUUUAUAAAAUAUCUUUAGAAGGAAAAACUUGAAGAAUACGAAUGUUUUGGGAAGCAUCAGAUUAGGCUUAAGGAAAAUACUUGGUGGCUAUGAAGAAUUGCAGGACUUGGCAUUCCAUAACUGAUGGAUGUUUUUCUGUCUGGACAUAUCCCACUCUCACUCUUAAAUCUCUCUCUCUCAUUCCUCUAUCUCUCUCUCUCUCUCUCUCUCUCUCUCUCUCUCUCUCUCUCUCUCUCUCUCUCUCCUCUCAAAGUGAGUGACAUGUACUUAAAAGUUAAAAAGCUCUGUCUUGUAUCUUGGAAUGAAUGUUUUCUUCAUUCAUGGGCAGAGAUCAGGAUAUAACUAUGAAACAGGGCAUAUGGGUAGGAAAAAGUGUGUUGUAAGGCCUGAAGGACAGUGGUUCUAUACAGAAAAGAAAGGUUGCACAGGAUUCUCAGUAGACAGGGUCAUAGGAAAGGAGGUCCAUGGAAGAUGAAUAGAAGAUGUACUAUUUGUUGUUCCCAUGUGAGAGUCAUUAUCUUAACCAUUUUCACCUGCGUGUUUUAGUGACAACUUGACUUUUCAAUCAGUAAAAGCCCAACAUUUUGGUAAUUUUAAGGCUGCUCCUUUGGUUCAUCUUGCCCAGUUCUAUUUAUUUCAAUAUGUGAUGCCUCUGUGGGACCUAUAGGCUAGGAUUUGAACUUCUCUUUGAUGCCAUGUACAACAUACAGUAGAUCCAUUCUGAGUAUUCCCUAAAGGUUGGCCUAGACCACUGAAAGGAAAGUAUAGGAAGACUGAUUUCCACUCUUUAUUUGGGGAAAUAUGGAGAGAAUCAGAACACACAGGUGUGGAUGGGCUUCCCCAGAGAUGGGGAGUCUCUCAUCUCUGAAAACUUUCAGAUAUUAGUUGAAGAAGUAUGCAAGAAAGAGGUUCUUGACCACUGGAUACAUGUGUCUGUAUGGGAUAAUGAAAGGUUGACCGUUCAGUGUUACUGAAUGUGCUUUUGCCAUAGAGAUGGUGGCCAGCAGCCAAGCAGGAGGUUCUAGUUUCAGGAGUCAUGGAAACUGAUACACAAUCAAGAGGAGUCGCCUAAGAGCAGAUCCUAAGUGUUCAUACUCAAAAGACUCUCAGAUUCAUCAGGAAACUAGAAUACAGAAAUUUUAAGUCCUAUAGAGGAAAACCAAGAAAAGAUUACUAAAUAAGCUUCCUAAGCUGAGGUAAAAUAGUUGUGUUCUCCUUCUAUCUAUCUAUCCAGUCAGCUUGCUCUAUGGUCUCUCAGAAGCUGGACUCUUUCUGGUUCUGCCUUUAGUAUGGCUCCAGGACACAGCAUAGGUGUGGCUCUAAGUCUUAUUUGCAGAUUCCAUUCAGUCAUAGUGAAUUCCCCUUCUCUGCAGCUGUUGUAUUCUUCUUAGCUUUUAGUCUUUGCCAAGACUAACUGUGGGUCAUUGAUUAGAGAGGUAGGUGAGCAUUGGGUUGGGAACCCUGGCCCUCUUCCUCUCUCAAGCCAAAUAUGCCAUCUUCCCAAGUAUCAAGGUCUCUAUGAGUUUGUUUCCUUCUCUGUCUAAUGAGUAACCUGAACUAGACGGUCUGGAAAUGAAAAUCUCUUGGGGUUCUGCUAUGUUUUGUGCUUGCUGGAGAACUAGAUUUGAGACUGGGGUAGGUUCAGUUACUCUCUUGCUCAGAAAAUAGUGGCCAGUAAAAGAGCUCCCGAGAGAACACAUUGUAGUUACACUGACGCCUGCAUUGUAUCUGCUCUAGAGCGACCAGGUAUUUCCACACAUGAUCUCAUUUGAUAUUUCUAGGGCCAGACAUGUUUCUUUCCCAACUCUUGAAUAUAUACUCUUUAGGAUUCUGACCCCAACUCACUGUAUCUCUUUACCUGUCACUUAAAAAUCAUCUUUAAAACAAAAUUUCCAUGACUUUUCAUCAUGGAACUUAUCUGUUCCAGAUGGCUAUCAAAUAUGUAUCAUCAUAUACAGAGACCAUUUUCCUUCCUUCCUUCCUUCCUUCCUUCCUUCCUUCCUUCCUUCCUUCCUUCCUUCCUUUCUCUUUUCUCUUUCCUUCCUUUCUUUUUCUUUUUUUUUGUUCUUUUAUUUUUAUAUGAAGAAGGAUCUACCUUCUGGCACUGAGACCCUUGUAUUAUAGACACAGGUUUAGUUUUUAUUUACACUUGUAGAGUUGAGCUGUACCAACCUGAGCAACCCAACAUGGUAGAUGGUAGGAGCUUACCAUAUAGACUUAACAGGUAGCUCAAAUCUAAAUUAGAGGAAUGAAAAUAGGCUUUGGCAAGAAAAGCAGAAGCCAAUGAGAAACCGUGGGUUAUUGUUAUUUUCCCAAGUUAUUCAUGAUCAUGAUAUAUGUGAACCAUUUAUGUUAAGAUGUCCUUUAGAGUGUCAUAACUCAAUUUAUACCUUUUUUGAAGAAUGUAUUGGUAGCCAGGUCCAUUUAUUUUUUAGUGCUGGGGAUCAAACCCAGAGCUCACACAUGCUAGGCAGGGGUUCUGUCAUUGAUCUAUAGCCUCAGUAUCUAUGUUCAAAUCUUGCCCUGUUGGCCAGACAAAUGUCACUAAUUCAUGUGUGUGAUCUGGAGUUGAGAGGAGUGCCCUGAGGGGAAAAAACACCUGCAUGUGUUCCAGAGUAUGUAACAAAAGAGGGCUGUGUGCAAGUGGUGGUUUUAAAAAGUGGUUGCAUGAAUGUGUGUGUGUGGAAAGAAUGGGGAGAAAAUGAGAAAGAAGGCAUCAUAAAGAGAGGCAAGGAGAGAUUAUGGGAAAUCACAGGAGGGGGCAAGUCAGGCAAGGUAGAAACAGGGAUGGCUGGAGAUCGGGAAAUCAACUGAUAUAUGAAAGUGAACUCUCGAAAGAAGAUCUGAGAGAGGUUCAAAAAAGUGACUUGAGAAGAAUGGAGGGUGAGUAAGAGAAGAAAUGCUGGGUGAGAGAGACCGUAUUUAUUAAAAUGAAGUCAGGUACACUAUAGGAAAUGGAAUGGAUUUUUUGGAGAGUUAAGGAAGGGAUGCUGGUCUUCACGGAUACAGAAACAUGUAGCCACCAGGGAAUGACUUUCUCAUCUCAGGGGAAGUGGGUACAGGAGGCAGUUUGCUCUCCUGUUUGUUCUAGACCACAUCUAGUGCUGGUGGCAAGCCAAAGUUGUCUGUGCACUGGACUUGGUGUUCUAUGUGCCGUUUGGGUAUGAAGAUCUAGGAGUCGGGGAGCUUAUGGUAGUUACUGAAUCCACUUUCAAUAAUGCUCAUCAUUGCUGGAGCCAGAAUGGCCACAGCAAACCUGGAAACAAUAGGUGUAAGCUAGACAAGACUAAAUCUCAUCUGAUUUUUAAAAGGAGGGGUGUGUCAUAUUGAAAACAUGUUUGUUUAGUCCCACCCAGGCAUCCCACAAGAAAACCAGGAUGUGAGGCUAGGCCAUGUGUUUUAAGUAAAGAAGAGAAAGAGAGGAGUGUCAGGAUGAAGGGAAUGGGGGAAGAUGUUCUGAGAACAUACACCAGAAGACAGAAGAGUGUCUGUUUUUAUCCCAAAGUACAAAAUGAAGAGAACUGCAAAACAUUGGUUAUUAUGACUUUGAUCCUAAGUUGAAUUCCUGGGCCUGGCAUUUAGCAUCAUACUCCUCUUUUCUUUGUUUUGAAGACUAUGUUCUUGGGUGCUGUGUGGGGUAAGCCCCUAAUGUUUUGACAAGACGCAGAUUUGACUCUGAGAAAUCCUUUUGAACUGAAGCUUCAUAUUCUAGAAACAGAUGAUUGUUAUUGAACACUUAGUGAAUUAUUUGGAAUCCUGAAUUAAGGAAGGAAACUGGGUAGUUAGUAAGGGCUUGAUUUUUUAGCAGUUUUGAGCUCUGUUCUCUAAGGAGCUCAGUAGGCUGGCAGGAAAAGACUGGAGAGGGACAAUUUAGUUGUCCUGUACUUUUCAGAAACUUGUUAUUUUCAAAUUAUCUGAGACUUGAAAGAAGUUACAAAAGAAUAAGUGCAGAGUGGCCUUACCCUGGAUCUGGUUUCCUCCCACUGAUAAUAUUUCAGUCUAUUUUCAUCUAUUAAAACCAUGGUCUACUUUGAGCCACUUUCAAAACUGAAGUCUAGGCUUGCCUUGGAUUUCACAAGUUUUCCUGCCUUGUACACAUUUGCUCACUGGACAUCACCUCUGUUGGUUUGUAACCUGGCCUUGGUGGCACCCAGCAGGAAAGACUCUAUCUGGAUAUUAUUCUACAAACAUUGAAAAACCAGCAAAUUGACAAACUCAUUUACCCGUGAACAAUAUCCUACAUAUUUCCUGAAUCCACUUUCAAUUAAUGCUCAUCACUGGGGGACCCAGAAUGGCCCUAAUCAUGUGUAAUGAUUAGUUCCUUGGUUUGGCAUCACAAACAAUCCAAGAACACCUUAAGAAGAGUAACACCAUAAAAGGCUUUUAGGCAGAAGGAAAUUCUAAACAGAAGAAUGAAACUUUUGUUGGUGACAAGAGGCCUUUAAGGUAAACCAGUACUUUGGUCAAGAAUUAAGUGGUACUGAAUGGAAGCAGGGAUAGUUUGUGGAUAGAAUACAACACAAAUAUAAACCCCUAAUGUGAGACGAUAAAACAUUCAUUUCAGAGUACCAGAGAAGUUUCAUUUGCUCAAAUGUUCAUCCUUAAUUAUAGCAAAAGCUGCUAAAUUAAAUGCAAACACAACAGCUUCCUGGGGGCAAAGUGGAAACUCUAGUUUCAUGGAUCAUGACUUUGGGUUUUCUGUUGGACAUUUUUAAGCUGCCCUGCUUAAGGGCUACAUGAUUAUAGCUGUCUUUGGCUUAUGAAGUUCCUAGCACACAAGUGAAUAUUCUGUGAAUCUUAUGUUUUUAAUGAAUAAAGGAUGGAAACAUUGUUAUGUAUCACAAGCGUGAAUUUUGGGAGAAGUGCUUUGUGAAAACAUAGAGGGCUUUUUUUCAAUGAAAAAGAAAAAGGAAAGAAGUGUCUUACAAACAGUGGAUACCCUUGUAUCUUUGGGAUGGUGAAACUGAUUCAGACAGCCAUGCAAUGUAGUUCUAACAGGGCACUAGAUCAAAGGCAGAGAGCGGACUCUGGCCCCAAAUCUAGCUCUUCUGAAACGAGCUAUUCAUUUAGUUUUUCCUACAGGCACCUUGCCAGUACCUUUACAGGUCAUAUAGGUGAACAGAUACAAGUUGCAAGGCUGAUCUGCGAUCACAACUGUAUGUCAAGAAAACAUUUGUCAAAGGAAAGCACAGGCAGUUGCUAUCAGUGCAAAUGUGUUUUCCUAAAAAGAGGCUUGGUAUAACAGGGAAAAUUGGGAGCAUUCCUGCAGACACACUGAAGGUUUGUAAUCUAACUAUUCACCUGAAUCAUUCUUUGCUGUUUAAGGAUUCACCUCUUCUAGCUGGAUGUCUGCUAACUGUUCCUGAGGACUGACUUCCUGCAGCAAUAUGGUGGACUCUUCUAUGAUGAGGCAACAUUUGGGCUUUGUUCAAUAGGCUGUGGUGGAUAUGUGCCUUGUUAAGGGCUAAACAAUAAAUGGAUUUAAUUUCUGCUUAAAAGUAUCAUAGUCACUCUAAAAUAGAAUAUAUAUAUAGAAAUCUUCUGUAUUAGAAAAGGAAUAGAACUUGAUGCCCAUUGUAUAUUUUCUUUAUUUAUUCUCUGUAAGUCUGUUGGAUGAUAAGUUGUAAAUAACAGUGAUUAAAGAGUCAUGCUGCUGA